AUGUCAGAUUUAGAUGAAUCAGCGAAGACAACUUUAAAAGCUAUACCACUUUUAAAAACGAAAGCUGGUCCGAGAGACGGAGAUCUUUGGAUUCAAAGGUUAAAAGAAGAAUAUGAAGCACUCAUUGCUUUUAUCAAUAUUAAUAAAGCGAAUGAUUCCGAUUGGUUUCGAUUAGAAAGUAAUAAUGAUGGAACAAGAUGGUUCGGUAAAUGCUGGUAUUAUCAUGAAAUGGUUAGAUAUGAAUUUGAAGUAGAUUUCGAUAUCCCAGUUUUAUAUCCUACAACAGCACCCGAAAUUGCCAUUCCUGAAUUAGAUGGAAAAACAGCAAAAAUGUACAGAGGUGGCAAAAUAUGUCUCUCUGAUCAUUUUAAACCGCUUUGGGCGCGUAAUGUCCCUAAAUUCGGAAUUGCGCAUGCUUUUUCUCUUGGAUUGGCACCAUGGUUGGCUGUUGAAGUUCCUGAUUUAGUUAAUCGGGGUGUUAUUAUGCCUAAAUCUGGCUGA